CGUGUUCCGCGCUGUUCCCGACCGAACGAUUUCUCCUUAGCGCUAUUGAUUGUAGAAAAGGGGGUUUAUAAUGUGAAAAAAUGCAGUGGAAUAAUUACAUUAAAUGGAGAAAAAAAUAUUAAAGAUUUAAAAACUUUUUUCUCUACAAAAAAUAAAGAAUAGAAAAAAAGUGAUUGAGCAACCAGGAAAAAAAAAGUUUUUAAAGAGUUCGGAAAAGUGGCGAAGUUGCCCUACGUUGAGACUUUGAUAACCGGCCUUCCCCGAACGCACAGGGGCGGCCCCGUAAAUAAACAGGGAUUUAUGAGCCUCCCCCCGCCUCCCCCCGCCUCCCCCGCCUCUUGCAGCCCGUUGGCGCGGUCGUAGCGUAUCGAGGCCUCGUGAUGAACAUGUGUCUCGGCGCCCAAGUGCUGAACAAAUGUGCAUAUGGGAUCGAUAGCUGAGAGCGGGAGCGGAGAGGGUGACGACGGCGGCCACGGGGAGCGCCGCGCCAGUAUCCACUUCAGUGACCACGUGGAGACCAUUGUGUAUGACACGGACGACCCGCUGGACUCGCCGGACGCCGUGCAAAAGUACCAGGCGCGGGUGCUCAAGCUCAACUACCACCCCGGCGGCCGUUCGGACGACCCUGGCGACGCCCCUGCUUCAGCGAGGCCCGAGGCAGCGAAGGCCGCGCACAGACGCCCCCCGAAGGCUCGGCCGCGGAUCGGCAGAAGGCCCUCUCGCGGCCGGGGGAGGGUGGGGCCCCCCGCCGACCUGGCCAGAACCGUCCAGCAGCAGUUUAGCAUGAGGCCCGCCGACGGGGUGGGAGGCGGGGGCGGCGACGUGGCCGGGGGCGGUACCAGGAUGGUGUCGUACCCCUCCAAGCCGCCCUUGGUGAUACCGACCAUCAAGAUCAUCGACGCCGAGGAGGACCUGAGGGAGCUCUUCGGCAAGGACUACGACAGCAUGAUGGACGACCAGCAGAUCUACAACCUCUUCCUCGACAACAGCCACGAGGACGAAGCGACACACGGAGGGGAGGAGGAGCAACGAAGGGAAGAGGAGCAGCGCAAACAGAGAAGAAAAGAAGAGGAAGCGAAGCAAAGAAGAAAAGAAGAAGAGCAAAAACAACGAAGAAAGGAAGAGGAGCAAAAACAAAAAAGAAAAGAAGAGGAAAAGAAACAGAGGAGAAAAGAGAGGAAGAAAAAACGAAAACAGGAGCAAGAAGCGUCUUCCAAUAAGGCUGAGAAUGACUUCGACGAUAUACAGGAGAGCGGAGACUAUGUGGUGUCAGGCCCACAGGGCGCCGACUUGUACAAGGAGCGUCAGACCAGCCUUCCUCCCCUGUCUCACGCCCCUGCCCCUGCCACCAAUGGGGACAGCCUGACACCGCAUCCCCAGGGAACCCAGAGAAAGCGCAGGUCGCGGGCGCAGUCGGUGCUGUACCCCCUAAAAACCCCGGGGGUACAGGGAAAGGGGGGCGGAAUUUUGGGGUGUCACGACCCUUUUCCUCGGCCCAAACCCGCCCGGCCUCUCCCGGUCCUCCAAAACGACUCGAAAUUCUUACGAUUCCGAUGGAGAGGCGGAGGAAAAAUCUUCCCUUCACUUAGCCAUAAUCCAGGAUCCCCUCAGACAACGAAAUUGGCACCAAGAUCACAUCCUUUGGCGGCCCACCUUCCUUCCGACCCCUGGCGUGCAAGGAAGGUGCGCUUCUACAGGAACGGAGACAGGUACUUCCCCGGCUUCGACUACAUCUUCAAACCCGGUCGAGAUGUUGUUAAUAUGGAGGCCCUUUGUGACAAGAUCUCGGAUAGGAUUGGCCUGGCCAGAGGAGCACGCUACAUCUACGGUCUGGACGGAAGACGAAAGUACAGAAUUGAAGAACUGGAAGACGGGCUAUCCUACGUGGUCUCCUCGGAUCGCAAAUUCGUGAACCUCGGCUACGGACGCCAGAGACCCGACUGGAACCCGGCCACAGCGGUCAUCCCCCUCGGCGGCCCGUCCUACCAGGGGGACAAGAGCCCAGGCGGAGGGCGGUCGGGGUCGCCUGUGGUCAAGGAGAUUCUCGGCUCCAAGAAGAGCUCGGCGGACAGCAACAAGUCCGGCGGGAACAGCAAGCCCGGGUCGAGAGAAGGAAGGACGAUUAAGAUCAUUAAUAAUCUCGAUCAUAAUCAGGAAAGAAGCGUCUUGGUCAACAUGAAGACGGUGCAGUCGUGGGAAGACGUCGUGGCGGACUUGGGUCAAGUUCUUAAGAUGAAAGGGAGUCUGCAUCUCUUCACGACGUGGGGACAGGAGGUCAAAAGCUUCUCGCAAUUCAAGAACGAUUUUGCCAACGCUGACACCUUCUACCUGACCCCGAGUGACGCGCCCUUCCCGAGGACCUACACAGCUGUCACGCCACCGUCAGGAGGAUCAGGAGGCAGCAGUGAGACACCGGAGGAGAACGAAGACUCAGAAGAAGUGGCAGACGGCAGGUCAGCUGUUGUGACCAUCAAGGGGCAACGUCGUGUACUCCACUCGCCCACAACCCAUGUCGUUCACAACCCGACUCCUCCACAUGCUACGCUAACUCUUGAUUGGGUAUAUGGUUACCGGGGCACAGACUCACGACGAAAUCUGUGGGUACUGGCAACGGGAGAACUUCUUUACUACGUGGCUGCUGUUGCUGUUAUUUACGAUAGACAUGAUGAUGUUCAGCGCCACUACACUGAACACACAGAGGAUAUUCAAUGCAUGGCGACCCACCCUUCCCGUGAGCUCGUGGCCUCAGGUCAAAGGGCGGCCCGGGGUCAGCGAUGGUCCGCCCACGUCAGGGUCUGGAACGCCCGCACCCUCCACACGCUGCAUGUUCUGGGGCGCAAGGAGCUCGGGGCUGGCAUCAUGGCAGUGGCCUUCUCCAGGAGGAACAACGGUCAGUUCCUCCUGGCGGUGGACGCAGACAGCGAGCAUCUCCUCUCCGUCUGGACGUGGGACAAUGAACACGUUUUUGGCAGAGUGGCGACCCACCAAGACCACGUGUGGGGCGCUGCCUUCCACCCACUGGACAAUAACCUCAUAGUGACCCACGGGCGAGGGCUGCUGUGCAUUUGGUCCAGGAGGAAAGACGGCAUUUUCCAGCGGUCGGAUCUCGUGCAGGAGGACUCCGGCAGGAACAUCACCUCCAUCGAAUUCACGCCUUCGGGAGAUCUCAUCAGCGGAGGGGGCGAAGGACUCAUCACAGUGUGGGGCGUGGAUGCUGAGGGAGAGUAUUUUAUCAAGAGGGAAUUCCAGGCCCACUCCGGACCCAUCAACUCCCUUCAGAUCCUGAGUGAAGGGACGAUGCUCUCAGGAGGGGACAAGGACCGGAAGAUUAUCGCUUGGGACUGCGAUGAAGAUUUCGAGAAGAUCACAGAGACGAAGCUACCGGAACAAGCAGGGGGCAUACGCACCCUUUACCCCCAACGGCCAGGAUACCACGACGGCAACAUCUACGUAGGGACGACCAAGAACAUGAUUCUGGAAGGUUCUCUGCAGAGGAGGUUCAAUCAGGUUGUAUUCGGGCACAGUAAGCAGCUGUGGGCCGUGGCAGUGAACCAGCUGGAUGGAACAGUGGCUACAGCUGGUUACGACAAGCAUAUCGUCAAGUGGAGAGAGAACCAGCUGGAAUGGAGGAUUCAGGCCCAGAGCGAGUGUGUGAGCGUGGCAGUUCACCCAAUGGGGACCGUGAUUUCUGCAGGAACGAUAGACGGACAUUUAGUGGUUUUGAACAACAACACGGGGUUACAUGUGGCUACUGUCAGAGUGUGUGGAUCGCCUCUCUCCUGCCUUGCAUAUAAUCCGGGAGGCGACACCUUAGCCGUGGGUUCCCAGAACGGGUCUCUGUACCUUUACAAAAGCUCGAAGGACGGUUUUGUCUACAAUCGCUUCGGGAGGAUGACUGGUUCACAGCCUCUCUCGAGCAUUGACUGGAGCACUUCGGGGCGGUACAUGCAGACGGUCACUUCGGACUAUGAUGUUACCUAUUGGACCGUGAGAGAGCUGUCCAAAGUGAAGAAUUCUUUAGACGUGAGGAAUGAAACAUGGGUUACACAGACGUCUCCGCUCGGCUACAUGGUCCACGGAGUUUGGGGCGGAGGGAAGGAGGCCCAUAUCCAGGUGACAGUCGACAGAGGGCCCAGAGGAGACGUCCUAGCAGCUGGUGACACGGAUGGCUACAUCAGGCUUUAUAGGUACCCCGUGCUAAGUAUGCGCGCCGGCUACCACGAGUACAAAGUCUACACUUCGUACGUGUCUGGAGUCAGGUUCUCUCACACCGACAACUACCUCUAUACCAUUGGAGGCACAGACGCGGCACUCAUGAGAUGGAGGCUCACAUAGAUAUACUUGAUUUAUGUGGUGGUGGUUGUUCUCAUGAGGUGCAAUUCGUUUUUUGGAGUGAUAGAAUCGUAUAAUGAACGUCCCUCUUGGCUUGUUGGGAUAUAGGUAAUAGUUACCCCUAAUAAUGGUCCAUUUUCUAUGGGGUUAAUAGACUUGUUUUUGAGGGGUAACUAAAGGUAUUGUAUCGUAAACGAAACUUCUGAUUCAGAUAAAGAAUAAACUGUUAAACCAUUUUUUUGAGAUAUGUAACGUAAAGACAAUCGUUAUAUGUCGUUUUGACGAGUGGGAAAAAUAUCAACAACCCUUUCAGAGACUCGGGACUUUGUUACGUGGACCUAGACACGUGUCUGAGUUGCCAUUUAGUUUAAGUAUUCAUAGAGACAGAAGGUCAGAAGGUUCAUACGAAAAAAACGCACAUAAAAAACACUGAUAUAUAUCAGUUGUUGCCUAUCUACUGUACGGGUUUGUUUGAGUUGGCAACGGUGGUAGCCGGUCUACAACGCCUGAUGCACAAAAUGUCAAUUGCUGGUCGGUUGUUAACAAUAUUAACAACUCUGGCGACUUAUUUCUAGAUGGUAAGUCUAUACGUAUCAAUGAAUGCAUAUGAUUUGGCUUACUAGUCUAAUAGAAUAUAUUCACUAGGAAUUAUACGUUUGUGUAGGCUUUGUGCCUGCCGCGUAUACGGGAUUUUGUUCCACACGUGUUGGUAUGAGUGCGGGUGUGGGCAAGGUC